AUGAAGAAUCUUAGGGUUUUUUUCUUCGCUCUCCUCCUCCUCGCUUCGCCUCUCCUUCAAGUUGCUAGGUGUCAGUCAGAUUCGGACGCUGAAGUUGCAGACACUGCAGAAGAAGUCAGUGAUCUCGGGAUAGUUGGUGAGGAUGCACAGGAUUUUGGUGAUGGGAAUUUUAGCCCAGCUCCAGGAGUUGAUACAGUCUGUGUUUUCCCCAAAAACAGCGCACGUUUGGUGUUGGCUGGAGAAGAGACUGAACUACUAGUUGGAAUGAAAAAUGAUGGGGAGUUGCCCAUAACUGUCAUUGGAAUUAGGGCCACUGUUCAUCUUCCUAUUGAUCAUAAGCUGCUGGUUCAGAAUCUCUCUGCUCAGGGCUUCAACAAUGCAACUGUUCCGUCCUCUGCUCAGGCUACUUUCCCAUACAUAUUUGGUGUCAGCAAAUACUUGCAGCCUGGAAGCUUCGAUCUCGUGGGCACCAUUAUUUAUGAGAUAGACCAGCAUCCAUAUCAAAGUACCUUCUACAAUGGUACCAUUGAAGUUGUUGAGUCUGGUGUCUUCCUAAGCAUGGAGUCGGUUUUUCUUUUUACCCUUGGAAUUGCCCUUCUUGUCCUCUUUGGCCUAUGGGUUAAUGGCCAAAUACAGAACCUUUCUAAGAAAACAAAGAGGGCUCCGAAGGUGGAGGUUGGAACUGGGACUAGAGAUGCCUCCAUGGAUGAAUGGCUUCAGGGAACAGCAUUUACCCAGUCACAGUCCCAGAAGUCAAAGAAGAAGAAGUAA